UUUUUCUAGCGUUCGGCAACGAGUUAAAAAGUUUAAAAUUCUCAAGGGAAUCAUCAUCAAUAUAAAACUCAGCUAAAAAAAUUUUCCUUAUCAAUUUUGUAUAAUAAAAGGAGUGACUUUAAGUUUUUGAAUUAGAAAUAACUAAAAUCAGUUGGUUACAUAUGUAAGAAACCAUAGAAAGAUAUAUGAAUGUAUACAUUUGAGUUUUUACUGGUUCUAUACUUUGCAACUGUUAAUGGAGGUUAUAGAAACAAUGGAAAUUACGUAACAAGCCAAAAAGAAUCUCUAGUAAAUUACUAUAAAAACUCUCUAUACGGAACAUUUAAUGAACAAAAAUGUGACUUAUCAGAUCAUUGUAUUGUCAGUUUACCCUCAUCUAUUAAUCAAAGAAAAUGCAAACUAAAAAAAUGUUUUUCAAAUUAUCAGAAAAACAAAAACCUAAGAAACAAUCGAUGUAUGGAAGCAAGGAAAAGCGAUGUUUUGUUUGCAAGAAAAUGGUACAGUAUUACUGAUGGGAGUACAUUAUCACGAAGUGAAUUCCCAUUUAAAGACGUUCCGUUUUUAAAUCAAAGCUUACGUGACGUUAAUUUUUAUACUGCAAUUAAUCCUAUAGAAUCUUCCUGGCUGAUGCUUCUUCAAACGUGGAUAAAUGGCCUAAUGAAGCCAACAUCAGAUAAAAUAAAAAGUGUUUUUAAUAAUACUAACCUUCAUAAUAUCGAAGCUUACCGACAAUUAAAAGCUGCAUUUGAAGCCAGCAUUCGCUCUUUCAAUACUCCGCAAUACUUUGACAAACCAAGUCUUUAUCCGCAAACGUUUACCGAUUUAAGUUUUGGUGAACUUUGGAAAUCUAACGAUAUUUUUGCUCAAAGAAGAUUAGCUGGGUCUUGUCCUUUUCAUCUUAGAAAAGUUACAAAAUCAGGUGAAAUUGGUUUUUCCGAUAAAACUUUAUUCAGCUUGUUAAAUAAAAACUAUAAUUUUAAUGAGUUCAUUAACCAUGCUAGCGGAGGUUCCAUUAAAUCAAUGUCUCAGGCAAUACAGGAAGGGGCGUUAUUUAUUCUAUAUCAUGACUCGUACAAUGAUAUUGUGACUCAGCCUGAUAAUCUAAAUAAAGAUCAAACUGUACUAGGUAAAAAUCGGACAGUAAUGAAUAACACAUCUCCAAUCACACUUUUUGUUUUGGUAAAAGGAGAAUUUAAAGUUGCUGCAAUACAAAUAGAUUACAAGCCAAAUUCGACAGUUUAUUCACCGUCAUCUCCUAUUGAUCAAUGGCUUUUGGCACGUGCAAUGGUAGAAAUGACUGAUCAAGAUGUUUGCGAUGCUAAAGUUCAUUUGGGAUUUCUUCAUUUACACGCUUCUAUUUUUUGUCUAUCUUUUAGUAGACAUUUAAGUACCCAGCAUCCCCUUUAUGAUCUAUUUAAAUGGCAUUGCUAUGGUACUGUUCCCGCACUUAGCCUAAACUACCCCACUCUUUAUUUAAACAACUUCUUGCCUUAUGCAAUGGGCAAUAAAGGUUUUUUGAAACUUUCAAAAAUUGGUUUUGAUGAAGCUUAUUACGGUCAAUACGAUUUGGAACAGCAUUUAAAGAGACAAGGUUUAGAUGACACAAGAAUAAAAUACUAUCCUUACCGCGAUGACGCUCGAGUAAUUAGCAAAGAACUUCUUGAUUUUAGUAUAAAGGUUGUGAACCUUUAUUACAAAGAUAAUAAAGACGUCAUAAAUGACGUAGAACUGCAAAGUUUUGCAAACGAGUUAUCAAUUGACGGUACAGUUAAACCGGAUGGAGGGAAAGGAAAGGUAAAACGUUUUCCUUCAUCUUUCAAUAAAAAAAUUGAGCUAGUGAAUUUUCUUCAUCAAUUUUUAUGGUUUAAUAUACUGCAUAGUGUAUCGAACUAUGCACAUGGCCACUCAUUUGUACCAGUUAAACCUACAAAACUGUAUCAUGAUAGGAAUUUUGAAAACAAUUAUCUAUAUAAUUUGCCAGAUAUUGAUACUGCUGUUGAAGCAAUACGAUUAUCUGUAUCUUUGGACAGCUUCAGAGCUAAUCGCUUGAUGGAUUAUUCAGAUAAAGUUCAAGAUAAAAAAUUCAAAGAACUUGUCCAGCAAACUUAUUGCGUGCUUAAUAGCAAAGUACAGAAAAUAUUGGAACAAAAUAAUGCUAAACGAAAAGCUGCUGGUCAACUUACAUUUCAAUAUGUAGAACCAAAAUGGUUGACAAACAGUAUUCAUGUUUAGUUUCUAAUUGAAGUUUUACAUUAAUUUAUUUGCUAAAUCAUUUUGGUUAGUAUAUUAAACAGAAAAAGAAAUUAGAAUAAAUAUAUUUAUAUACAUAUUUACCUAAA